AUGUCCGUGGUCACCGUGCAGCUCGGACAGUGCGGGAACCAAGUUGGGCUCGAGCUCUUUGACGUCAUCUGCAACGACGCACGCGAGGCACACAAGAAAAGCUAUUGCAGCGCGAGCCACGAACGCUUCUUCUACCAAACGGCACGCGGAGAGCUUGAGGCCAGAGCAGUUCUCAUUGACAUGGAGCCCAAAGUGAUCACCCACAGUAUGACAAAGGCUGCGAAGUCUGGCAAUUGGAGAUAUGGAGAAAAAUCCCACUUCAGUCAAAAGCAGGGCUCUGGUAACAACUGGGCUAACGGAUUCUGUGUGCACGGGCCGCUGAGCGAGGAGGCGGUGGAGGAGCUGGUGAGGAGAGAGGUGGAGCGCUGUGAGCGUCUGGCUGGACUCCUGCCCAUCAUGAGUGUGGCCGGAGGCACUGGGUCAGGAGUGGGCACCUACGUCACCCGGACUCUGAGGGACACUUUCCCCAAGACCUUCAUCCUCAACCACCUCACAUGGCCCUACGGCACGGGCGAGGUAAUUGUCCAGAACUACAACUCGGUGUUGACCCUGGCCAAACUCUACCGGCUGUCCGAUGCCGUCCUGGUGCACGAGAACGACACUGUGCACAGAAUCUGCAGCCAACUGCUCAACAUCAAACACAUCACGUUCUGCGACGUAAACCGCGUGAUCGCACACCAGCUGGGCAGCGUGCUCCAGCCCGCACUCACCGCCCACUCCCACGGCACCUGCUCCCGCAACCCUCUAGGUGAUCUGGUGAGCUCCCUGGUUUGCCAUCCAGAGUUUAAGCUUCUCAGCCUCUGCACAAUUCCUCAAAUGCCCAGUUCGUCCAUCGCUUACAGCACUUUCGCCUGGCCAGGACUUUUGAAACAUCUCCGCCAAAUGCUGGUUUCAAAUACAAGGAUGGAGGAAGGUAUAGAUUGGCAGGUGCGACCUCCGUCAAACUAUGAUCGAAGCAGGGGUCUUCCUACUCACAACUUUAACAGAUCUUUGGCCAAUCUUCUCGUUCUCCGAGGCAAAGAAGUCUUCAGCGCAGAAACAGGGAGUUUUGAAGAAGCCGCUCUCUACACUUCCUGGUUGCCAUCAGAUGAAGCUUUUAAUGCUUGGAAGUCUCCUGUAUCUUUCAAUAAAUAUGAAAAAUCGGCCACUUUAGUUAGCAAUAGUCAAUCACUGCUCCAACCACUGGAUAACAUAGUGGGAAAAGCUUGGAAUAUGUUUGCCUCCAGGGCCUAUGUUCAUCAAUACACUAAAUAUGGCAUCACGGAGGAGGACUUUGUAGAAAGCUUCACUUCGCUGGAGCAGGUCAUUUCCAGCUAUCGUCACCUUUGUUAG